GCUACGACGGCCAUACCUGCUGCCCACUUCUCUCUGGGUACUUUCUCACGUUGCUACAAAUUCGCACCUCUUCUAUUCUCCUGUGCUGUGAAUUGCCUUCGCCCCUUCAAUCCCCGCCGUAGCCUUGGUCUCACUGCAUCGCGCCCGAAAAUGGCCAACUCCGUGUACACUUACGUGCGAGAUUUUGAGUCCGAGACAACCUGCCUGCCGAAUACCUGGAUCGUGGUGCGUCUAGACGGACAAACCUUCCACAAAUUUGCUGAUAAGCACCACUUUGAGAAGCCCAACGAUGCACGCGCCUUAGGCUUGGCAGUCGCCGCGGCACGGCGAGUGAUGCGUCAGCACAAUGACAUCGUCCUGGCCUACGGCCAGUCAGAUGAAUUUAGUUUCGUCUUUCGGCGGUCCACAACAACCUUUAAUCGUCGUGCAAAGUAA